AGUCUGGUUCCGGGUAUUAAUUAAUCAUUGCAUCAAACUCCCACUAAUUCCUUCCAAUAUAUAAACCUGCUUUAAUCUUAAUCUCCCAAAUUAAUGAAGUUUCUGGGAGGGCUUGCAUGUAGCCGGAAAUGAAGCAAAAGAUAGUGAUAAAGGUGGCGAUGGGGAGCGACAAGGCCAAGUCUAAGGCCAUGAAGAUUGCUGUUGCCAUGGAAGGAGUGAGCUCUGUGAGUGUGGGGAAAGAUAAUGAUCAGCUUCAGGUGGUCGGCGAAGGGGUUGAUUCUGUGUGUUUGGCCAAAUCUCUCCGGAAGAAAUUCUGUUUUGCUGACAUUGUAAGCGUCCAAGAAGUGAAGCCACCCAAACCGGAACCGACGCCGUGCCUGCCACCCUGCGACUACCAGCCACCGUGGUUGGCGAUUCAGCACGAGUUCCCGGUUUGUGAUACGGGUCCUCCUAAUUGCGUUGUCAUGUGAUUCGUACGUUAGGAUGUUGCUAAUAAAUGAGUUGGAUAUAUGUAUUGAAAAUGUAAAGAAAAUACAACGAUUUGAA